UAUAUGCAUAUGAAUAAAAGAGAUACUGGGGUGAUAAACUAUAAACUAUAUCAACUGUUGCGUGGUAUCUGAAACCCCAAGCAGAGCCUUAAAAUUUGGCGGGAAAUUUUGCACCAAGCAAAAUGGCUGGACGACUGAAGUCUUCGAUCGUGAGCGCCUUCAAAAUGCACGGUUUGUCACUAAGGAUCGAGGCCAGUAAGUUCCUGGUUGAAGCCUUGACUCCGGUGAAUGAGGUAGAGAGGGAAGAGUGGCUGGACAGGAUCAUUGAGGCAGUGCAGAAACAACCUUUGGAGUCUUCUAUGAUAGACAGAUUGACACUAGAAGCAGCUGUAAAUGACUGUGUGCAAGGAGGAGAGGAAGACAGUGACCAGGUCUUCAGUGUAAUUGAUGCUUUUGACAUUCCCAAAUUUGAUUACAACUCAGAAAGGAAAAAGUUUAUGCCUUCUACAGCACCAAGAAGUCUACAUGGCCAGGCUACAGACAAGGCCCAACUCUUCAGGGACAGAUACACUGUCCUAUUUCAGAGAACAUCCAGACAUGAGUUGUUUACACCUCCUGUCAUGGGAGCCAACCCUGUACACCAGACAAAGAAGUUCCAGUUGAGACCUGUGGAGUACCUGCUAGGCAGUGUUGCCAAGCUGGGAGAAAUCAUUGUGCUGGGGAUGGUCACUCAGCUCAAGCCUGGCAGCUACUACCUGGAAGAUCCUACUGGAGCAGUCAAGAUGGACCUCAGUCAAACUAACUUUCACAAUGGCUUGUUCACAGAGAACUGCUUUGUCCUUGCUGAAGGAUGGUACGAAGACCAGGUUUUCCAUGUAACUGCCUUUGGGUUUCCUCCACCUGAACCAGCAAAGACAACAAGGGCCUACUUUGGAAACAUCAAUUUCUUUGGUGGUCCAUCUGCAACAUGUGCCAAGGCCUCCACCAAGUUGAGAGUGAUUGAGAGAGAAAAUGAAGAUGCCAUGAUUGUCUUCCUCUCAGAUGUGUGGCUUGAUGAUUCAAAGGUGAUGGAGAAGCUGAGAGUGUUGUUCACAGGCUACAGCGAGAUCUGUCCAACAGCUUUUGUGCUGUGUGGAAACUUCACAUCAAGUCCAUUUGGAAGCUCCCACAUCAAAACCCUAAGAGAGUCCUUUCGAGGACUGGGAAAUCUUAUUGCACAGUUUCCAAGUCUAGUUGAAAGUUCUAGGUUCAUAUUUGUACCAGGAAGCCAGGACCCUGGCCCAGGAAACGUCCUGCCCAGACCAAAUAUUCCUGACUGUGUGACAGAAGAACUCAGGAGGAAAGUACCUACUGCCACAUUCACCACGAACCCCUGCAGGAUCCAGUACUGCACCCAGGAGAUUGUGGUGUUCCGUGAGGACAUGGUCACCAAGAUGUGCCGAAACUGUGUCAAGUUUCCCUCGGACAGAGACAUCUCAACGCAUUUUGUGAAGACCCUUGCCUCUCAGGGCCACCUGUGUCCCCUCCCGCUGCACGUAGAGCCUGUGUACUGGAGUCAUGACCACGCCCUCAGGGUCUACCCUCUACCCGAUGUGGUGGUGGUGGCCGACAAGUUUGAUGCCUACAGCAACACACAUGUGGACUGUACCUUUGCCAAUCCUGGUUCUUUUGCAUGUAAUGAUGCAGUCUUCAAGGUGUACUAUCCAGCAACCAGGCAAAUGGAAGACAGCCAAAUCCAAGAUUGAGCACACGUCCAGCUGUCAUGGAACAUCAUAUUAUAACAAGUAGAUGUUGGUUUGUGCUUCAUGUAUUUAAAAGAGUGCCUUUUUAAAAGUCAUGACAAACUACUGAAUGUAAUCUGUGGAGAAUUGUGCAUUUAUUCUUAAUCACCUGAAAUCAGAAGAACAGAUGUGUAAAGUGUAACCGUAUAUAAGAUCAAUAAAAGUUGUACAUCAAAGCUUUA